UUUAUCUCUCCACCCUGUUUGAUUUUCUUUUUCUUUUAGAUAGAAACUAAAGGGAAUCAUUAUCAUCAUCAAUUAUUCUAUCCCAGAUCAUGUGAGAAAAGUUCGUCACUGACAGACUGUUUUUGCUUUUGCUUUGCUAAAUUUUUCCUCCAAGUGGUGUGGUUCUUUCAUUUAGUCUUCUAGUGACUUAGGCUUUUCUGAGUUGUUGCCAACCUCAUCAUUUCUUUCCUUAAUUUCUUCAUCUUUUUCCCAUUUCCGUUUCUUAAGGACUGGGAGCUGCCACUUUGUUUUUCAAUCCACAAUAAUCAUUAUGGCCACCCAAACUCUUGAUUCCCAUCAAACUUCUACAACCGAUGAGUUAUGUUUUAUUUUACUGGAGGAAACGGAGAAGAUCAACAGUGAAUCAGUAAAAGUAGCGGAGCAAAUACAUUUCUCUUCACCACAAGAAACUGUAGAAGAUGACAGGGAGAAAGGUAGGGCUGACAACUUACAUGUUCCAAAUAGUACUUUGUCGACAUCCAAAGAAAAGGCAGUGGAUAUUCAAGCUGAGCCUCCUGCAAUUGAGAUCAAACAAAUAGAUGAAACUCCUGUUGUUAAUCUUCCAGUUCAUGACAAUGUGCAGUUGGAAAAAGAAUCUACUUCGGUUUCAGAGGUGGAAAUUGCUACUGCCACCAAUGAGACUCUACAUGAGGGAAGGCCAUCGGUUGAACCAGUUGGAGGAGAAGCAAUAGAACUGCCAGUAAUUGCGUACUUGGAAAAAAGUAUAAAGGAGUUUGAUACAACUGACAAUGGCAAGAGCCCACCAGAAGAGCAACCAACUAAAGAAGUCAUAGAAAGAGAGACUUUGGAGGUACCAGCAGAGGCAACCACACAAAAAGUAGAAGAACAACCAUCAGAGGCUGUGAACUUUCCAAAAGUACAAGACGAAUCAUCAAGCAAUAUCGUUUACAGUGAAGAAAAAGAGGAACCAGGUGCCCAUGUACAUUUUGUAACAGAAGUUGCAGAAAAAGUAGAAAUGGAUUCUGAGGAAGUAGAAGAGAAGAAGUCAAAGAUUAGUGAUAAUACAAUAUUAUCAGUAGUGGAAGACUUUAGUAAGGGCCCAACAGAUGCAGAAAAUGAACCAGUGACAGAAUGCAUCAGUGUAGAGAAAGAGGCAGACAAGGAACCAGUGACAGAAUGCGUCAGUGUAGAGAAGGAGGCAGACAAGGAACCAGUGACAGAAUGCGUCAGUGUAGAGAAGGAGGCAGAAAAGGAACCAGUGACAGAAUGCGUCAGUGUAAAGGAGGCAGAACAGGAACCAGUGACAGAAUGCGUCAGUGUAGAGAAGGAGGCAGACAAGAAACCUGAGACUGAUAUUCCAAAAGAACCCGUUGAACUAUCAAAGAAAGAAGCUCAGGCAACUGAGGUAGUUCCAUUGGAAGAACUAAUAGAGAGGGUUGCAAAAGAAAAUCUUGAAAGAGUUGAAACUCCAACAGAAAAAGAGCAGCCAGUUGAACUUCAACCAUUCAAAGCGUUGGAAGAAGUGAUAGCAAAAGAAAUUAGCAUACCCACAGAAGUUCCCAAAGAAAAGCAACAGGGAUCUGAAAUUGAAGCAGAGCAAGAAUCAAGAGAACUGAUAGAAACAAAGAUCAGGGAAUCUGUUGAAGUUUCCCAUGAAAGUGAAUUACUAGUUGAAGUUCAUCAAGCAAGAGAACAAGUAUUGAUAGAAAAAGAGAGAAACGAAUCCUUAGAACCUCCAAAGAAUAAGGAGCAAUCGGAUGAAGCUAUUUCCCAAAGAGGAUCUGAAGAAGUCACAACAAAUGAGGUUGGCUUAUCCUUUGAACCUCCCAAGAACGAUGAGCAAGCAUAUGAAGGGUUUUCAGCAACAAAAUCUGAAGAAGUGAAGGAAAAAGAGACCAAUGAUUCCACAUUGGAUUUUGAAGAAGUCGAGAAACAAGAAAAGGAGGUCAUUGAAGUAAAAGAUGGUACAAGAGAGAUACCUGAAGUAACCAAACAUGUCCAGGACACUUAUGUUGAGGCUGAAACUGUGACAGAUGAAAAGACAUUGGCACCUAGAGACAACACUGGCCAACCAAGUGAGGGGAAACUCCAGAAAGAAGAACAACCAAUCGAGGUGGUUGCUGAAAAAGAACCAAUUAAGAUGUUUGCAAAAGAAGAUAUUGAAACAGUUGAGCUGCCGAUGGAAAAGAAGUCAGUAGUGGUAGAAAAAGAGAUAAAUGAAGAUGUUGAAACAGAUGAGCCAGAAAUAGAAAAGAAGCAGCCAGAAGUAGAAAAGAAGCAGCCAGUAGACGUAGGAAAGGAGAUAAGUGAAGAUACUGAAAUAGUUGAACGACCAAUAGAAAAUAAGCAGCCAGUAGCGGUUGCAAAAGAGAUAAACGAGGUGAUCACAAAAGAAGUUACUCAAAAGGUUGAGCCUUCAACAGAAACACAACAGUUAGAAGUGAUAGCAAAAGAGGUAAGCGAGGUGGUCGCAAAGGAAGUUAUGGAAAUGUUUGAAACUCCAACAGAAGAAGAGCAACCACUAGUGACAACAAAAGAGACAAAUGCAUCUAUUGAGCCUCUCAAGAACAUGGAGCAGCCAAAUGAAGUUAUUUCUCAGAAAGAAUCGGUGGAAGUUAUAGCACAAGAGGUUUGUGCACCUUUUGACCCUCCUAAGAACAAGGAGCAGGCAGAUGAAGGGUUACUGGUGUCAGAAUCGGGUAAAAGACCAGAUGAGGACCAUCCAACAGAAGAAUUUGUCGGUGUAGACAAGGAAUCGAGGGAGAAACCAGACACGACUCAUGUUCCAGACUUAUUUGUUGAACCUCCCAAGAAAGAAGUGCAUCCACUUGAGGUUCUUACAGUGGAACAACAAGUAGAAGUUACCACAGACGAAAUUAUUAUAACAACCGAACCUCCAACAGAAAAGGGGCAGUCCAUUGAAGUUCACCCACUAAAAGGAUUAGAAGUGGAGGAAAAAGAAAUUUCCGAAAGCAAAGAAUUUUCUGAGGACAAGGAACAAGCAGUUGAAGUACAGUCAGUACAAGAAUCAAAGGAAGUGAUAGCAGAAAAUAUAGUUAAAUCUGUAGAAAUUCCCAAGGGGAGUGAAUUGCUCAAUGAAGUUCAACCAGUGAAAGAAUUAGAAGUCAUGGUAAAAGAUUCUAGUGAAUCCAUUCAACCUCCGAAGAAUAAGGAGCAACCAAAUGAAGUUCCACAUGAGAAAGAAUCAGAAGUUAUAGCAAAAGAUAUUGAUGAAUCCUUAGUACCUUCCAAGGACAUGGAAGGGCCAGUUGAAGGUUUUCCUGUGAUUGGAUCUGAGGAAAUGGGAGCAAAAGAGGUCAGUGGUUCCACAUUGGGUUCAGAAGAAAUUGAAAAACUAGAACCUUGCAAAGUUACCGAAGUGAGGGAUGGCAAGGAAGAAUUGUCUGAGAUAACCAAUCAUGUUCAUAAUGAAUAUGUGGAGGUAGAAACUGAGCAAACUGUGAAAGGCGAAAAUGUGAAAGAUCAAAAGCCAUUGGCUAUCGGGAAUGAUAGUACACCACCUUUGGGAGUAGGACAAAUCCACAAAGAAGAGGAGCAAUGCAAAGGACAAAGUGAUAAACAAGAUUCAGUUUAUCAUAGGGGUCAACCUAGUGUAGAUUUAGUUGCACCUGACUUUCCACCUCAUGAUGUGAAAGAAGAUGAAAAGAAGGAAUCAAGCAACAUUGAUGUAGUUGCACAGUUAUCAGUAGAGGAAGCACCCGCUAUGGAGAAAGUGGGAGAGGAAAAUGAAGAAAAAGGAAUGAAGACUGAGAAGGCAGAUGAAGCUACUCAUGAGAACAUACAAAACAUAACGCUGCCAAGAGAAGAGGUGGCUCCAAGAGACUAUGAAACUGAUGUUGUGGUAGCAGGAAAGUCAAUUGAUGACCAAAAAGCUGGUGAAGUCGCUGAUCUGAUUGCAGAAACCAAGGUUGAGGAGAGUAUUACAGACGAGAAACUAGCACCGGUUGAGACUGUCAAUGCUCAGGUAAAUGAAACACCUAAAGAACCCCAAGAGCUUGAGUUGGAAGUAAAAGAUAAAGAAAAUGUGAGGGAAGAAGCUGAAGUUCCGAAAGUUAAUGACAAGAAAGAAGUUCCAUCGAAGCCUAGUCAUAAGCAUUCACACAAUAUUUUAUCGAAAGUAAAACAGUCGCUGGUGAAGGCAAAGAAAGCCAUCAUUGGCAAGUCACCAAGCUCAAAAACCCUUUCCUCUGAAGCAAGGGAUGACAUUAAAGUUAAGUGAUGGUAUGCAAUGAAUAAUCACUGAAUAUUUCACAUUUCCCACAAAUGUCAUAUAACCCUUAUUGUUGGACAUGCAGCAGGUCAGAGUUAUUGCGUCAGUAUUAUUUGAUUUUUCUUGGUUUGUUUAUUAUAAAAAAAUAAGUGUGUAUAGAAGAAGGUUUCAGUCAACGUUAUACUUGAUACUAUAUGGAUAAAUUGAUUCUUCUUUGUAUUUAUUA